AUGUUCAGGGGCGCUUGGAUGUGGCCGGGGAAAGACGCCGCCGCGCUGACUAUCUGCUGUUGCUGCUGCUGCUGGGCUCCCAGGCCAAGCGACAAACCUUGCGCCGACUCCGAGCGGGCGCAGCGAUGGCGACUGUCCCUGGCGUCCCUGCUCUUCUUCACCGUGCUGCUUGCUGACCAUCUGUGGCUGUGCGCGGGGGCCCGGCCCCGGGCCAGAGAGCUGAGCAGCGCCAUGCGGACCGCCUGGGGGGCCGGCCGGGAGCGGCAGCCGGUGCCUCGCGCGGUGCUGCCGCUGCCGCCGCCGUCGCCUGGUGAACCCCGCGCGUCCCCGGGCGCCUGCGGCCCCCGAUACAGCAACCAGACCAAAGCCGCCCCCGCCGCCGGCCCCGGGCCGGUCUGCGGCGGCAUCCCCGAGCCCACGGGGCUGGACGCAGCUUGCACCAAAUUGGAAUCUUUGCAGAGACUUUUUGAACCCACUACCCCGGCUCCCCCUCUGCGGCCCCCUGACUCCCCUUCCCGUGCCCCGGCCGAGUUCCCCUACGCCAAAAAAAACUUGCUCAAAGGCCACUUUCGGAACUUCACUCUCUCCUUUUGCGACACCUACACGGUCUGGGACUUGCUGCUGGGCAUGGACCGCCCCGACAGCCUGGACUGCAGUCUGGACACCCUGCUGGGGGACCUGCUGGCCGUCGUGGCCAGCCCGGGCUCCGGGGCCUGGGAGGCAUGUAGCAACUGUAUCGAGGCGUACCAGCGACUGGACCGACAUGCUCAGGAAAAAUAUGACGAGUUCGACCUCGUGCUGCAUAAAUACUUACAGGCAGAAGAGUACUCAAUCCGGUCCUGCACGAAAGGCUGUAAGGCUGUCUACAAAGCCUGGCUGUGCUCAGAAUACUUCAGCGUGACCCAGCAGGAAUGCCAGCGCUGGGUUCCCUGCAAGCAAUACUGCCUGGAGGUACAGACCCGGUGCCCCUUUAUCCUCCCCGACAAUGAGGAAAUGGUGUAUGGCGGGCUCCCUGGCUUUAUCUGCACAGGGUUGCUGGAUACUUCACCAAAGCGGCCGGAAACCAAGUGCUGUGACGUGCAGUGGGUCUCUUGUGAGUCGGAGAAGAAGAAGUUCAAGGAGUCUGAGGCCCCCAAAACCCACCACCAGCAAUUCCACCACUCCUAUUUCCACCACUACCACCAACAGUACCACCACUACCACCCCCGCCAUGACCCCCCAGGCCUUGUUAGCCACAAGCCCUCCCUACUGCCGGUCUCUGGGGGCUCCCGCCUCAGCCCCAGCAGGAUCCGGCUCUGUGUCCUUGUCCUCAUGCUCCUCCAUACCAUGGUGUCCUUCUCCAGCAACCAGGGUGGUGGGGGCCUGGGGCUGGAGACACUGCCUGCCCUAGAGGAGGGCCUGACACGGGAAGAGUGACAGCAGCAAGGGAGGACAGACCUCCACCACAC